UCUCAUUUACAAACAAACCCACGCCUCUUUCUCUCUCUCUCCUCACUGAAACCCCAAAGCCCUAGAUUCUCCGAUGGACGACCAAGAAGGAGAAGACCCAGUAAGCCGCCACUUGACGAACCUCGACCAAUGGCAGUGCCCCAUUGCUGAGCCCUCCGACGCUUUCGUCCCCACUACUCCCCCCGAGGACACCUACAUGCUCGGCUUCCUCAUCGCCAACAUCGUCGGAAUCCAAUACUACUCCGGCAGCAUCACCGGCCGCGAGAUGGUCGGCCUUGUCCGCGAGCCUCUCAACCCUUACGAUCCCAACGCCAUCCGCGUCCUCAACACCCGCUCCCUCCAAGUCGGCCACAUCGAACGCAAAGUCGCCGCCGCCCUCGCACCCUCGAUCGACGCUGACCUCAUCGCCGUCGAGGGCAUCGUCCCCAAAACGCGCUCCAAGGCCAACCGGUUCAAAGUUCCCUGCCAGGUCCACAUCUUCGCCAGAAUCCACGACUUCCCCGCCGUGAGGUCCGCCGUGAUCGGCGCCGGGAUGCAGCUGAUUUCGAACGAGGACGCGGGGUUUGCGCUCUCGGAGGCGGCGGCGGUGAAGGAGAAGAAGGCGGAGAGCGGGUACAAGACUGUGGAUGAGAUUUUCAAGCUGGUGGAGGACAAUGCCGGCCUGAAGGGUGCGUUGGAGGCGGUGGAGCCGCCGGGAGAGGUGAUCAAAUCGGAGCUUUUUUGGCACCAGAAGGAAGGGCUGGGGUGGUUGGUUGGGAGAGAGAAUUCGGCUGAUUUGCCUCCAUUUUGGGAAGAGAAAAACGAUGGCUCUUUUGUUAAUGUGUUGACAAAUUACCAUACGGAUAAGCGGCCGGAGCCUCUAAGAGGCGGGAUCUUUGCAGAUGAUAUGGGUUUGGGUAAGACCCUGACUUUGCUUUCCUUGAUUGCUUUGGAUAGAUAUGGUAGUGGCAGUAGUGCUAGCGUAGAUGAAAGGAUACCAAAUGAUAGUGCAACGUGUGAGGAUGAGAGGUUGUCUGUUUUUGGUAAGAGGACUAAGACUAAGGGAGGGAGUAUGGUUUAUUCGUCAAGACAAGUAACAAAGAAAAUACGUAAAAAUGAGGAUAGCAAUGCUAGUGGAAAUGAUUUGUGUAGUGGCGGUUUGAGUAGCAAGUCGACGAUAAUUGUGUGCCCUCCUUCUGUGUUUUCAACAUGGGUUACAGAACACACUAAGUCGGGCAAAUUGAAGGUGUAUAUGUAUUAUGGGGAGCGGACUCGAAUUGCUGAGGAGCUGAUCAAGUAUGAUAUAGUGUUAACUACUUACAGUAUUCUUGCUACUGAACAUUCUUGGCCAAGCUCUCCUGUUAAAGAGAUUGAGUGGUGGCGGGUCAUUUUGGAUGAGGCGCAUACGAUUAAGAAUGUCAAUGCUCAACAAAGUCAGGCUGUCGCUAAUUUGAAGGCUAAGAGAAGGUGGGCUGUUACUGGAACUCCAAUCCAGAAUGGCUCAUACGAUUUGUUUUCUUUGAUGGCAUUCUUGAGAUUUGAGCCUUUCUCAAUUAAGAGCUACUGGCAGAGCUUGGUGCAGCGCCCGCUUGCUCAAGGUAACAACAUGGGGCUCUCACGACUGCAGGUUUUGAUGGCAACCAUUUCUUUGCGGAGAACAAAAGACAAAGCAAUGAUUGGAUUACCUCCUAAAACUAUAGAGACUUGCUAUGUGGAACUAUCUGCUGAAGAACGUGAUCUGUAUGAUAGGAUGGAAGGCGAAGUGAAGAGUGUAUUGUGGAAUUACAUAGAUUCUGGUAGUAUGAUGCGGAACUAUUCCACUGUGCUUAGCAUAAUCUUACGACUGCGGCAAAUCUGUACUGAUUUGGCCUUGUGUCCUUCUGAUCUCAAGUCACUUAUUCCUUCCAGCAAUGUUGAAGAUGUAUCAAAGAACCCAGAGUUACUGAAAAAGAUGGUUGAGGUGCUACAAGAUGGUGAAGAUUUUGAUUGUCCCAUCUGCAUUUCUCCACCAACCAAUGUCAUUAUUACUCGUUGCGCACACAUGUUUUGCCAAGCCUGUAUUGUGAAAACCCUUCAGCACACCAAACCCUGCUGCCCUUUGUGUCGCCGUCCUCUAUCACAAUCUGAUCUGUUCUCAUCGCCGCAAACAUCUUCUGAUGAUGACAACACAAUAUCUUCAGAAAGAACCAUGUCAUCAAAAGUAUCUGCUCUCUUAAAACUUCUUGUUGAAUCAAGGGAUCAAAAUCCACUGGCCAAAUCAGUAGUGUUUUCACAAUUUCGAAAGAUGUUGCUACACAUCGAAGAUGUACUGAAAAAAGCUGGUUUCAAAGUUUUGCGUUUGGAUGGGACUAUGACUGCAAAUAAAAGAGCUCAAGUAAUCAGAGAGUUUGCGGUUGUAGGAGAUGAUGCACCCACAAUUUUGCUUGCAAGUCUGAAGGCUUCAGGAACAGGGAUAAAUCUUACUGCUGCUAGUAGAGUCUAUCUGUUGGAGCCAUGGUGGAACCCAGCAGUUGAGGAACAAGCAAUGGAUCGUAUUCACCGGAUAGGGCAGAAGGAGAAUGUUAAGAUUGUCAGAUUGAUUGCUCGAAAUAGCAUAGAAGAGAGGAUAUUGGAGUUACAGGAGAAAAAGAAGAAACUUGCAAAAGAAGCUUUUGGAAAGAGAGCUGCAAAGGAUUGGAGAGAAGUGGGUGCUGAUGAUCUUAUUAGUCUCAUGUCCUUGUGAGUUCAUCUACAAACGCCUUGAUGCUACCUUUUGUUGCUGCACAUAGUCGGCUGUUACUGCAUGUGUAAAUAUUUAGGAUAUGGUAAGCUGAUGUACAUGCCCUCCUCUUAAGAAACUAGUGCCUUUAGUUUUGUAGUCGGCGCAUAGUUUGUUCUGGUUUUGUUGGAGGAGGUGACAGUUUUUUUGCUAAUGGUAAGAAUGUGCUAUUGAUAUUUACUUUUUACA